AUGGCGGAAAACAUAAUAAUUUCACCCAAAUCCAGCAUUUCCCUUUCCCUCGCACUUUUCCUCUCUGCAGCCCACCUCUUCCUUCCCCUCGUCGGGGCGCCCGACCCGGUGCCGGCCCCAUGGCCGCCCCAAUUCCACUCGAUCCUCAUCAUAAACAGCACCAAGGGUGCCUUGCAAGCGACGGAUCUCUGGUACGACUACCCCAACGGCCGAAACUUCAACAUAAUCCAAAAGCAGCUCGGCGAAAAGCUCUACGAUUUGGAAUGGGACAACGGCACCUCCUAUUACUACACGCUGGACGAUAACAGGAAGUGCACGGUCAGGCAUUUUCCGGUGGGGAUUUUGAGGCCCAAUUGGCUCGAUGGGGCGAAUUAUCUGGGUCGGGUGCGUAAAGAUGGGUUCUUGUGCGAUGUGUGGGAGAAGGUCGAUUUCAUUACGUACUAUGAGGAUGUUGCCACCAAGAGACCUGUUUUCUGGGCUUUCUUCUCUGGUAUUUUUCGCAUCAAAUUGUGGUUCUGUUUGGGUUAUGUGAAUUGCGUUUGGGUUUUUGGUGGGUUCGGUUUGGUUCUUGACUGUGUUGAGUUUGAAGGAGCUUACUUUAUCGGGAUGGUGGCUCACGUGAUGACAUUCGAGGUGGGGAAAGUACUGGACGACCCCAAUUGGCAAGCCCCUGUCUACUGUUUUCAGGAGGGCAAGCAACAGAAUCAACUGAUUCUUGAACCAGCGUCUUGUUUUCCGACGAGAGAUAGUUGUGAGUGGCCUGAGAAACCUUAUCCACCCAAGAAAGCAACAAUGGCGGAAAAUCAACCAAUCGCCUCCAAACCCAGCAUUCCCAUUUCCUUUGCGUUCUUCCUCUCCGCAGCCCGCCUCUUCGUCCCUCUCCUCGGGUCGCCUGACCCGGCGCCCGCCCCGUGGCCGCCCCAGUUCCACUCGAUCCUCUUCAUAAAAAACCCCAGCGGCGCCCUGCAAGUGACGGACCUCUGGUACGACUACCCCGGCGGCCGGAACUUCAACAUAAUCCAGAAGCAGCUGGGUAAAAAGCUCUACGAUUUGGAGUGGGACAACGGCACCUCCUAUUACUACACGCUGGACGAUAACAGGGAGUGCGAGACGAUGCAUUUUCCGGUGGGGAUUUUGCGGCCCAACUGGCUCGAAGGGGCGAAUUAUCUGGGUCGGGUGCUUAAAGAUGGGUUUUUGUGUAAUGUGUGGGAGAAGGUCGGUUUCAUUUGGUACUAUGAAGAUGUGGCCACCAAGAGACCUGUUUUCUGGACUUUUUAUGAUGGUUUGACGACACAUGUGAUGACUUUCGAGGUGGGAAAAGUGCUCGAAGAUCCCAAUUGGCAGGCCCCUACCUACUGUUUUCUCGAGGGCGAGCGUGCAAAUCCACCGAUUCUUGAAUUGGCAUCUGGUUUUUCAAUGAGAGAUGUACAAAGUACUUCUUGAAUUGGCAUCUUUGUAGGACGUGUAGUGAAUUCAGAUUUAUGUUCACUCUACUGGACGAAUGAAGUGUGAUGGUAUAUGUUGAAGAGUAUAUAUAAUCCAUACCUUGCCAGCACAAAGAAGCCAUGCUGAUGCUGCAGCAUCCCUGUGUAACUUUCCAGACUUGUGGAACUUCCACUGCAAUGAAAUCAGUGCUUGAUAUAUAUAUGUUUACUAUUGGCCAAGGCAGAGGUUGUAUGUAUGUACAAAAUUGGCUGUGUGGCCGGGAAAGUUCCAUAACAAAGGCCAAACAAACUUUUUGAAAUUUUAUCAAUUUUAGGGAUAUGAAAUUUGUUUUUUUUUUAUAAGGUUCACAUUUUAGGUUAUUCUCACUCCUUUUUUAUUUAACUUUUCAAUAAAAGAUCCAGUUAACUUUA